CGCCAUUUUCCCGGAAGAAGUCUCUCUCCUUGGGCGCCUUCCUUCUCCUCUGAUCCGGGAAAUGAGGAUUCUAGGGAACCAACUUUUGGGUGCAGUAAGAAAACCAGUAAUAUAGGAAGAAGGAAGAAACAAUCUCAUGGUGCUGAUUUAAGUGUCUGGAGUGUCUGAACUCAUAGUUCAAAUCUACAUAGACAUCAAAAGAUUCACACUGGAGAGAAACCAUAUAAAUGUAUGGAGGGUGGAAAAAGCUUCACUGAUAAUUCAGGUCUACAAGUGCAUCAAAGGACUCACACUGGGAAGAAAUCCUAUGCAUGCCUAGAGUGUGGAAAAAAUUUCACUCAUAAUUCAAAUCUACGUUCGCAUCAAAGGACUCACACUGGGGAGAAACCCUAUAAAUGUCUAGAGUGUGGAAAGAAUUUCACUCAUAAUUCAAAUCUACGUUCGCAUCAAAGGACUCACACUGGGGACAAACCCUAUAAAUGCCUGGAGUGUGGACAAAGCUUCACCCAGAGUUCAAAUUUACUCUUGCAUCAAAGGACUCACACUGGGGAGAAACCCUAUGCAUGCCUGGAGUGUGGACAGAGCUUCACUGAGAGUGGAAGUCUACGAUCACAUCAAAGGACACACACUGGGGAAAAACCCUAUGCAUGUCUGGAGUGUGGACAGAGCUUCACUCAGAGUGGAAAUUUACGAUCACAUCAAAGGACUCACACUGGGGAGAAACCCUAUAAAUGCCUGGAGUGUGGAAAGAGCUUCACUGAGAGUGGAUAUCUACGUAAACAUCAAAGAACUCACACUGGGGAGAAGCCCUAUGUAUGCCUGGAGUGUGGACAGAGCUUCACUCAGCAUGCAAACCUGCGCUCGCAUCAAAGGACUCACACUGGAGAGAAACCCUAUGAAUGCCUGGAGUGUGGACAGAGUUUCACUCAUAAUUCAGGACUACGUUUGCAUGAAAGGACUCAUACUGGGGAGAAACCCUAUAAAUGCCUGGAGUGCGGGAAGAGCUUCACUGAUAAUUCAAGUCUACGUAGACAUCAAAGAACUCACACUGGGGAGAAACCUUAUGCAUGCCUGGAGUGCGGAAAGAGCUUCACUGAUAAUUCAAGUCUACAUACACAUCAAAGAACUCACACUGGGGAGAAACCCUAUGCAUGCCUAGAGUGUGGGCAAAGCUUCACUCAGAGUUCCAAUUUACGUUUGCAUGAAAGGACUCACACUGGGGAGAAACCCUAUGCAUGCCUGGAGUGUGGACAAAGCUUCACUCAGAGUUCCAAUUUACAUUUGCACGAAAGGACUCACACUGGGGAGAAACCCUAUGCAUGCCUGGAGUGUGGACAGAGAUUUACUCAGAGUUCAGAUUUACGCUUACAUCAAAGGACUCACACUGGGGAGAAACCCUAUGCAUGCCUGGAGUGCGGAAAGAGCUUCACUGAUAAUUCAAGUUUACAUAGACAUCAAAGAACUCACACUGGGGAGAAACCCUAUGCAUGCCUAGAGUGUGGACAAAGCUUCACUCAGAGUUCCAAUUUACAUUUGCAUGAAAGGACUCACACUGGGGAGAAACCCUAUAAAUGCCUGGAGUGUGGACAGAGUUUCACUCAUAAUUCAGGUCUGCAUAGACAUCAAAGAACUCACACUGGGGAGAAACCCUAUGCAUGCCUCGAGUGCGGGAAGAGCUUCACUGAUAAUUCAAGUCUACAUAGACAUCAAAGAACUCACACUGGAGAGAAACCCUAUGCAUGCUUGGAGUGUGGACAGAGCUUCACUCGGAGUUCCAAUUUACGUUUGCAUGAAAGGACUCACACUGGGGAGAAACCCUAUGCAUGCCUGGAGUGCGGAAAGAGCUUCACUGAUCAUUCAAAUCUACAUAGACAUCAAAGAACUCACACUGGGGAGAAACCCUAUGCAUGCUUGGAGUGUGGACAGAGCUUCACUCAGCAUACACACCUGCACUUGCAUCAAAGGACUCACACUGGGGAGAAACCCUAUGCAUGCCUGGAGUGUGGACAGAGCUUCAGUCGUAAUUCAAGUCUAUGUUUGCAUGAAAGGACUCAUACUGGGGAGAAACCAUAUGCAUGCCUGGAGUGUGGACAGAGCUUCACUCAGCAUACACACCUGCACUUGCAUCAAAUGACUCAUGCUGGGGAGAAACCCUAUGCAUGCCUGGAGUGUGGACAAAGCUUCACUCAGAGUUCAAAUUUACGUUUGCAUGAAAGGACUCACACUGGGGAGAAAUGCUAGAAAUGCCUGGAGUGUGCACAGAGCUUCACUAAUAAUUCAAGUCUGUGUGUGCAUCAAAGGACUCACACUAGGGAGAAACCCUAAAAAUACCUGGAGUGUGGAAAGAGCUUAACUGAUAAUUCAAGUCUACAUUACUCACACUGGGGAGAAACCCUAUAAAUGUCUGGAGUGUGGACAAAGCUUCACUCGUAAUUCAAGUCUAUGUUCCCAUCAAAGGACCCACACUAGGGAGAAACUAGAAAUGCAUGGAGUGUGGAAAGACCUUCUCUGAGAGUUGAAAUCUACAUAGACCUAGAAUUCACACUGGAAAUAACAGUAUUAUUUGACCCCAGAGAGACACCCUAAAACAGAACUUUCCAAACUUUUUAUGUUGGUGACACUCUUUUUAGACAUUCAUCCAUUCACAACAUGGUUAUUCAGUUUAACUAGUGACCACAGCUUAAACCAACCCCUUAUAAGAUUUUGAAUAUAAAUAUGAUAUAGAAAUAUUUGUUUAAUAUACUCUCUACUAUAUAAAAGAUUAUUGUGUAGUUUCUGCUAUAGCUGAUGAGAUGUUAUUAUAUUUUAUCAACAGAUUGGAGCCCCCGGUGGCGCAGUGGGUUAAACCCCUGUUCCAGCAGAACUGAAGACCGACAGGUCGCAGGUUCGAAUCCGGGGAGAGCGCGGAUGAGCUCCCUUUAUCAGCUCCAGCUCCUCAUGCGGGAACAUGAGAGAAGCCUCCCACAAGGAUAAUAAAACAUCAAAAAAAACCUGGGUGUCCCCUGGGCAACGUCCUUGCAGACGGCCAAUCCUCUCACACCAGAAGUGACUUGCUGUUUCUCAAGUCACUCCUGACAUGACAAAAAAAGGUAGAAUCUCAGAAAUAAAAAUGAAUAUAUUACCAAAACUACUGUAUAGCUUCCAAAACCUCCCGAUAAUAAGAAAUAUGGGAAUUUAAAAAAAAUGGUAUUCAGAGAUUAUAAAAUGUAUUUGGAGGGGCAAGAAGGCCAGAAUAAAAUAUACUAAUUUGGUAGAUGACAAGAGUAGAGGGGGAUUGGGCCUACCAGAUCUCAAACUAUAUUAUGAGUCCAGUGUUUUAGAUUGGCUUAAAGACUGGAUAUUUUUAAAUAAACCAAGAAUACUAACACUGGAAGGCCAGGACCUUAGACAAAGAUGGCACGCCUAUUUGUGGUACAAUAAGAAAAAAACAGAAAAAAAUUGGGAAUCAACAGAUUUUAUUUUCUUAAUUAUUUCUGGUCAUUAUUGUGCAAAUAACAAAAGUUGUAACAGAACUUACACUUGAACACACCAGCAUUCCCCUUCUGUCGUGUUGACACCUCUCUAAAUGUAUUUAAACAGAGGCUGCAAAGCCUUCCAUGGUUGCCUUCCUGCCUGGCUGAUAACUGCAGCAAGCAUCAUUUAUCCUCAGAGAUGGUAGGAAGUUGUUGUCCUACACAAAAAGAAGGACUGAUGAACAUCUGCGAACGAUCAGAGAUGGACAAAGAGGCUCUGCUGAUUCAAGGGAAAUCUUUGAGCAUCUUCGAGAAAGACUG